AUGAUGCGCAGCAGUUUGGGCUGGGAGAAGCGAAACAAGCGCGAGGAGACGCCAGGCCACAUGGAAAGAAUCGAGAAGGGUCUCUCCCCAGAGGGAGACGCUUCUCUUGCAGAGGAGCGAGACACUUGGCAGCCCGUCUGGCAGGCGUGGCAGCUCAUGUGGUCUGGGCCUCCCGAAAUCCGAAUCAUCAGUGGACGAGGCGCUGGUGAUGCACUGGUGCAACCGAUGAGAUGCUGA